AUGUUAACGCGCCAACUUGAUCGGGUGUUUACAGGACUGGUGAAGCUACGAGAGCUCGUAAGGUCGCCGAAGUCUCGAGAGAUCGAGGUUAACCUCAGGCAGGCCGACCCGGAUUCCUACAGGCAGGUUCUAUCCGAGAUGAAAAGCAAGGAAAUACGGAAUCUGAUCGUGGAUACCAGGCCGGAGCAUAUGCAUCAUUUUCUACGAAUGAUCCUGCAGCUGCAAAUGAACGACUACAAGUACCACUAUCUCUUCACAACUUUCGUAAGUACUCUCAGCGACAGAAGAGGGGUGGGGGAGGGGGACAGGGAAGCCAGAAGGAUCCCGCAGGCAGAUCUUCAGCGACGCGAGUCGAUAACCGAACCGAUCUGUCCGUUCCUGUUCCAGGAUAUCGAGACCUUCGACCUCGAGGACUUCAAGUACAAUUUCGUCAAUAUCACUGCCUUCCGUCUGGUGGACGCGGAGGAUGUCGGCGUGCGGGGCAUCCUGAGGGACAUGGAGCGAUACCAACCGUCCGGGAAUACGAUCCUCAACAAAUCGAGAGUUAUACA